AUUGGAGUGGUAAUAGAAAUUUAUUUCAUAAAAAUCAUUUGAAUAUAUUUCAUUCUGUGCCGCAUUGAAAAUUUUUAUCGGAACACAAACAAAGCAAUUACAAAAAAAGAGGAGAUAAAUAUAUUUUCGUAAUGUCUAGCAAAAAUGACUCGCUCGUCGAUGAAGAUAUCGACUACCAAACCGUUUCGACUGGUCAUUCCAUUAGUAUUGAACGUCCAGAGCGUCUACAUGAAUGGCUCAAAGCGGAGGAUAUCGAAUAUAUACGCCACAAAUUCAUUUCACAUCCAUUGCAAAAGCUCAACCUCAAAGAACUACGCGAAGUUUUUGACAAUCUCAAUAUAAAAUUCACGGAUAUUGAAUAUAAUCGCCUCUUCCUUAAAAUCAAUCAGAAUCGUGAUUUUUUGUGUGAUUGGAACGAGCUGAUAUCUUAUUUGAUAUUUGGUUUUCAAGAAGACGAUCCGAGCACACAAAAAGAGGCGCUCAUAUUGCCAAUAUCAACAGCGCCUGUUGUCAAAAAGUCAGAGCAUCGUUCACCAAUUUGCUCCAUAAGUUUAUUGCGUGUACGGGGAGAUGAAGUUGAGGAGGAAGAACUGAACAAUCAAUUAAAUGGUGCGCUGGAAGAUUCGCCUGAGGCAUGUGGCAUGUGGAUAACAGCCAGUCGAGAGGGACAAAUACGUUUUUGGUCCAAUACGCUUGAACCGUUACGCACAGGUGUCUCCAAGAGUAUCAAUCUCAAAAUGGCUACAUGGAUACUGCAAGUACAAGCACUAUCCGACGUUAGUAUUGUUUGCACUGCCUCCACUGAACGCGAACUACGUUUUCACGAGACCGUAGCCUCGACAUUUACGCUACGCAUUGUGAUACGGAGUUUACCAUUUGCCGUCUGCUGCAUGUCGUACAGUUUCCAUCCGAAGGGGAAGACCAAUUCGCGUUUGGUACUCGGUGAUUUCGGUGGAAAUGUAAGAAUUUUGGAAUUCACACCAUUUCUACGUGGACCAUUUCAAAGUAAACCCGGUGCCGCACUCGUAGAGCUCUUCUGGUCCGAUGUGCUUAAGGGUAAACUGCCUUUAAUGAGUGUACGUGAAUAUCCAAAUAUACACAGCGAGCUUAUACAGCACCUUUUCUUUUCGAUCCGCCUGAAUUCGCUUUUCGUGGCUGCAGAAUAUCGCAAUGCGAAGAAGUAUCGCGCACGCUGUCCUGGUUUAAUUAUAGCUUACGGUGAAGACAAAAUAUAUUUCCGCAUACCAAUGGGCGUUUCGACAUUCUUUGUCGCUGAGAAAAAUAAUAUCGUCGUCACUGGUGGACCCGAUACGUUUGUGCGUGUCUGGGAUGUCUACAUUUCAAGUAAGCCAUCUGGUAUACUGACUGGUCAUAAUGGCGGUAUAGUCUACAUCUUCGUGCAAUCGGAGGAGAAAAAAAUUUACAGCGUCGAUUAUCAUAAAAUUAUAAAAAUCUGGCACAUGACUGAGUACACACUGCUGCAGACAUUUGGCGAUUUAGUGCGUAUUUUGUCAUCCGAAACAGAUUUGAGUUAUUUGUAUCAUCCGUUGUCACGUGAUCUGUUGGUUGGUGGUCGCAAGCUAAUCAGCAUAAAAUGUUGCGCACGCAUACGGGUUGAUCUGACCGAUGGCAAUACACAUGCAGCCCCCGUCUCAGUCGUGCUCUACAAUGGUCUAUUUCGCAAUGUGGUCACUUGUGGCUUAGAUAGUUAUAUAAUAGUUUGGGAUCCCUGGACCGGACGUCGUAAAAUUAUUAUGAAGAGCUGUCACACAAAAAUGGAAUAUGGUGAAACAAUUGAUAUUGAAAUAACGGCCGCAUGUUUUGAUCCUUUGGAGCAAUUUCUAUUGACUGGAGCACGUGAUGGUUCGUUGAAAAUAUGGAAUUAUAAUAAUGCAGUCUGUAUGCGGAAUAUGAGCAUAAAACCAGAGCAUGAAGUGACGGCUGUAAUUUGGGUCGUUGAGAGGAUAUUAGCAGUUGGUUGGGAUCAACAAGUUACGGAAUUCAAUGACGUUGAAGGUCGUGAAUAUGGUGAUCCAAAGAAAUGGACCAAAUUCCAUAACGACGAUAUCACUUGUGCCGACGUAAAGUUGGGUGAAGGUGUCGUAACUGCCACUUACUCUGGCGAGUUAAUAUUUUGGAAACUUGAAACCGGUCAGCCAUAUCGUCGCUAUAGUGUAGCUGAUCCAGCGCGUUUCAUUGAGCUGAAGCACAGAGAUUCCGAGGGCGAUGGCUCUGGCAGACGUGCCUCACAGCAUUUAAGCAUUUCACGUUAUGUGCGUAAAUCCAUUUCGGAUGGCAUAUUUCGGUUGGAGACGCAAAUGAACAAAAAACCCACUUCAUUUGAUCGCACCUUUUCGGACGCUGAUGAUCGUGAUGAUUUGGCCUAUGCAGUAUCGUUGCGUUCCACCAGACCCAUAUCCGUGCAGGCUGUACUCUUUCUACAGACACGUCCAAUGACAAAGGAGCAUGGCAGCGUUUUCGUCGCUCUCGACACGGGCGUAAUUCAGGUGUAUUCACACCAUCAGCGCGGCGGUUAUCUCAAAGAGUUCAAUUCCAGUCAUCGCACUGGUGACUGUGUGCUAACUAUGGCAACGGAUCGGAAGAAUCGUUAUCUCUUUACGGGCACAGCGUUUGGUUAUAUUAAGAUUUGGCAUGUCGUCAACUUUUGCAUACCGGAGAGCGAGAAGCAGCACGUUUGUAUGCCACUACUGCGCUUGCAAUUUAUAUUUUUGCGCAAGGAACGCUUUUUGACACGCUCCAAGCGUAUAGUUAGAAAUCAACCCGAGCCGGUGCUAUUGAGUUCAUAUAAAGCGCACAUGAAAGCGGUCAAUUCGAUAGUCUAUAUAAAUACGCCGAAAAUAUUGUUAACCGGCAGUCACGAUUGUUCUUGUCGCCUUUGGUCUCUAGGUGGUCGCUAUUUGGGUACUUUGGGUACACCUUUACCCUGGCUCAAGUUGACACCGUUUGAGUCUGUGGAGGAGGAUCAACGUUAUCGCAUGCCGCCCGAUAUUAAGAAAGUGGCAAGCUCCACAACAAUGAAGGUAAUCACGGGCAUACAAGAGGACAGACGCCCAGUGCCCUUCGAUCCAAAAGCGGUUGAUGAUGAAGAAGCUGUCGAAGCGGAGGCCACUGCGCGUAUGUAUGGCAAGCCGUUGAAGGAACCGAUACUGGGCAAAUACUUUAAUUUGCCCGGCAAAAGCGCUACAGAGCAACGCAUCGAUUUGGAUACAUCACUAUCGUAUAUACCGGUAUUUACACAUUUGAAAAUACACGAAGCCAAUGAUAUUGAACGUCCACCCACACCGCCGGCAAUACGGCGCAUUAACAAUGAAGACUAUAUGGAAUUCUACGAUCCAAAUAAGAAGGAUCGGCCAGGACAAAGGAAGCGUGACUCUUGA